AUGUACAUGCGUACCUCCACCCUCCUCCUCGCGGCCUCGGUCGCCGUCGAGGCCCGCUUCGGCCAGGAGCAGGGCAACGGCGCCAUCCAGGCCAUCAGCGCCCUCUCCGACCUCGGCAACCCGGGCCAGGCCGCCACCCUGGCCGGCGCCUCCAUCCAGUUCCUGCUCGCCGCCGCCAACCCCUGCGCCAAGCUGAAGCAGGCCGACGCCAUCGUCGCAGCCCUCGGCACUAGCGACCGAGCCAUCGCCGCCGCUCGCGGGCUCGUCGCGGCCGAGCAGAACUUCAACCCCUUCGCCGUGAGCGUGCCCAACAUCUGCUCCGACGCCUCCCUGCCCGCCACCGCCCAGCUGCGCGGCGUCGUCCCGCUCGUCGACCCGGCCGUCGUCGGCUCAGCCGUCGAGAACGCAAACGCCGAAAAGUCCAAGACAACGCCCUUCGCUGCAAACGGCAUGAGCGUCGCGGACGUGAUGAAGGCAAACGGCUUUUCCAAUUUCACUUCUGUUGGCUCGGACGGUGCCAAGGCAGGCGGCAAUGCCAAUGCAGGCGGCAAGCAGAAUACUGGCGGUCAGCAGAAUGCAGGCGGCAAGCAGGCGGUCCCCGUAACGUGCGGAGGAAACGCUGGUAACGCAGCCAAAAACAAUACUGGCAAUGCCAAUUCUGGAAAAACAGGCGGCAAUGCUGCUGGCACCGGCGCAGUGACCAACGCCGUGACCGGAAAUUUUCCGGGCUUCGUCGCCUCGAGCAUCGCCGGCCUCGACUUUGGCAAGUGCGUGCCGACCAUGAAGUUCGAGCCCGGGCUCAACGGCCGCAAGGACACCGAGUUCACCUUCCAGGCCGUCGACCCGCUCGUCAACAAGGGCCAGCAGGAGGCGCUGAACCCGGCCAUCAUCGCCCGCCGCAUCAAGGACCAGCUGACCAACGUCUGCGGCGCCAACCAGGCCGCCAAGGACGCCGCCACAAAGGCCGAGGCCCAGGUCACGGCCAGCGGCAAGAAGGACGCCAGCGUCGCCAACGCGUGGAACUCGGCUCUCGGCUUCGCCGGCGCCGACAUCAACCCUGAUGGCGCGCCCAAGGCAGGCCUCGUCGGCCACGCCUAG